UGAAAAGCAGAAAGCAGCCUGGGAAUGAGAGAGGAAGAGAGACACCCAAAUAGACAGACAGAGAGAGAGGAUGGUUAGAGAGAAUAGAUGAGCAUGAUGUAUUCCAGUCAGAAUAUGACUGAUAAAAGUUUCCAUAGUGUGAGACAGAAACUGAAGACGAGACCAGACACCAGUUCAACAACCAAGAAAGCCACACUGAAGGAGCAAAAGGAGAUGAAACUUUGAGAUUAAAUGGUACAAACGAUGCUCUGGAAUGAGGUGUAAGAUUAGUGUGUUUGUGUGGAUCACAAGCCAAAGAGACGAUGCGGGCCUCUGAGCUCUGUGCAGGUUAAGGAUCUCAUCAGGAGCUUAAACUGCGGGGCUUUAAUGAUAUGGCUCGCUAUAUGCUCUGCUGGGGAGGUGGGGCCUUGGAUGAUCACUACCUGUACGUUCCCUUGCCAGAUGUUUAUCGGGAACGAGCAUCAGGACUUGUCUCACAAUCUGACCAUGAGGUGGCCCAACGCUUGGCACUGGGCAGCAAUGACAACAUUGCUAAUGGUAGCAAGACUGACCUACAGGCUGCUAAACUGUUGGCCAAACGCCUCUACAACCUGGAUGGCUUCAGGAGGUCUGACAUCGCAAGGCAUCUGAGCAAAAAUAAUGAUUUCAGUAGGUUGGUAGCAGAGGAGUACUUGAGUUAUUUCAACUUCGCAGGCAUGCAUGUGGACCAGGCUCUGAGAGUUUUCCUGAGAGAGUUUGCUCUUAUGGGUGAGACGCAGGAGAGAGAACGAGUGCUGACCCAUUUCUCCAGAAGAUACCUCCAGUGCAAUCCCAAUACUAUACCAAAUGAAGACAGUGUCCACACUCUGACCUGCGCUCUGAUGCUGCUGAACACAGACCUUCAUGGUCAUAAUGUAGGGAAGAGAAUGUCAUGUGUGCAGUUCAUAGGCAACCUGGAGGGGUUAAAUGAUGGGCAGGAUUUCCCGAAAGAUCUGCUCAAGGCACUCUAUAACUCCAUCAAGAAUGAGAAGCUGCAGUGGACAAUUGAUGAAGAGGAAGUGCGUAAGUCUGUGUCGGAGCUGGCCAACAGCAGGACAGACUCUGCAUCCCACACUCUGAAGAGGAUUACUAGUGGUGGGGCUCCUCUAGUGGCUCUCGCUCAACAGUCCAACAGUCAGGUCUACAAGAAAGGCUUCCUCGUGCGCAAAGUUCAUGCCGACCCUGAUGGCAAGAGGACGCCUCGAGGUAAGAGAGGAUGGAAAACAUUUUAUGCCAUCCUGAAAGGACUGGUCCUUUAUUUGCAAAAGAGUGAAUAUGGCACUCAUAAGCAGCUGUCUGAUGAGGAUCUGAAGAACGCUGUGUCUAUCCACCACUCUCUAGCUAUGAAGGCAGCAGACUACAGCAAGAGACCCAACGUGUUUUACCUGCGCACUGCUGACUGGAGGGUCUUCCUGUUCCAGGCCCCCAAUGCGGAACAGAUGCAGUCCUGGAUCACGCGCAUCAACACAGUGGCAGCCAUGUUCUCCGCCCCUCCCUUCCCAGCAGCCAUAGGCUCGCAGAAGAAAUUCAUCCGACCUCUUCUGCCAGGCUCCACCACCAAACUGUCCCAGGAGGAGCAAGUGAAAUCUCAUGAAAUGCGCUUCAGAUCUGUCUCCUCUGAGCUGCAGGAGCUGCGCUCUGUUCCUCAGGAGCGGAAGCCCAAAGGGAAGGACCAAGAAGAGGCCAAGCAGAGGGAGGAGUACCUGGAGUUUGAGAAAACCCGCUAUGGGACGUAUGCCAUGUUACUGAGAGCGAAGAUUCGCAUGGGUGAGUCUGAUCUGACGGCGUUCGAGGCUCGUUUGUUUACUGAUGGCACUCUGCAGCGGACGAGCUCCAGCCCCACGUUGGUACAUGACACCAGCCACACCAGCGCCAGCAGCUGCAGCUCCAGAAGUAAGAAGAGCAGCCGAAGUGAGGGCCAGAGACACAAGCCAGCUGUAAAACAGUGAGUCCACUAUGCAGGGCACAUGAUAGUUGCUUUAUGGUGCUCCUGAUCCAGACUGAAGGGCUGAGAAAAGCAUCAGGAUGAGGAAAAAAAAUGGUAGUUUGUGCACUACGCUGCAGUGGCCGCACAUGUUGUGCACUCAGCUCGAGCAGUGCUGGAGGAUGUGAUCGAAGGAGAAGAUCGAAGCUGGGUAUGAUUAGUUACCUCGCUUCCUCACGAAAGCAUGUUUUUGUGGCCAGUGAAUGCAAAACAGGCCGACAGAGGAGUGUGAAUAUAGCCAUCCUCCCUUUAUCUUUAUUACCUUUAUAGCCCGGCUUUAUACUUCUCUUAGCUUAACCUAUAUGCUGUAUAGAAGGUAUAGGCUACUUAAAGCUUUUUGUGCAUAUUUUUUUUUCCUCUUUCAAACAACAUGCCCACACAAGCCAAGUACAAGACUAUCCACCAUAAUGGAGAUUUUUUUCUAGUGUUUGAAGACGAAGACCUGAGCCUCUGAGAUGAUUUUCUUUCUUAAU